AUGCGCGUCCCCCACGACCAGCUCGAGCCUCCCCUGGCGAACCCCUGCCUUGUUCAUGGCCACUGCCACGACUACUUCUUGGUUCAUUGGGCCGACUCCGAUUCCGAGACGGCCGCCGACCUCAGGCGGCUCUUGUCUGAGAUCUCGCUGCGGCGGUCUCAAGAGUCUCUUUCGAUUUUUAACGACGCAAUUUGUCUCGAGGGUGCCCGCUUCCCCGAGGAGCUGGUGCUGAAUGCCUUGGCCACUAGUCAAGUUCUUGUCCUAUUGAUCAGCACCUGCGGCCAAGAGCUCUACACCGAAGCCCUCACGGCCCUCAAGGGAGCCCUUCAUAUCUACGCCAGCGCCUACCACACCAUCCAGCACCCAGACAUUGUCUGUGUACUCGGAAACAUUGGCGCGACGCUGCGCUGA